GAAGUAGAAAUAACAGCAAGGCAGAAGGGCAUCAAAGCUGGACAGUUAAUUGUCAGUCGGAGGGUGACGACUUGUUUUGCUGUUGGCUCGUUCCGAAUCCUCCUCACACGUGAGCGCGCGGCGGAAGACGGAGGAGCCUCCCUCUCGGCCUUCAGGAGGGGCUGAAGGUGACUCUCCUCUCGGCUGGAAUGCAGAGCGAGCUGCUGGGGGUCCGUCCGGCCCGCUACACGGUCCUGCUCCGGGCAGAAUAGACGACACUCAGACCCUGCGGAGGGGGAGGAGGGAUGGGGAGUGGGGUCCUUUGAGCAUCAACCAAACCCCCGCGACUCCGCUGCGUCCGAGCGGGUACAUUCCUUCUUUAUAGAGGACACAGCGGCUAUCAGAAAAGAAAAGAGCGCUCUCUCUCUCUCUCUCUCUUUCUUUCUCUCUUUCUUUCUCUCUUUAUCUGUCUCUCUCUCUCUCUCUCUCUGUGUGACUGCGUCUGUCUGGGCUCAGGUGGUGGCCGUGCAUGCAUGUGUUCCGCACCAUACGGGCGGAAAAAGCGCCCAAGAUCUGCAGGGAGCGUCUUUCCCACCAGUAAAGUGGCGCAGACGGAGCCGGAGCGCCGCGAGAGCACGGAGGGGGCCGUGGACGGCAGCAGGAUGACGGUGCAGGAAUUCAACACCCUCGUGGCGCUGUACCGGGAGCAGGUCAUCUCCGUCGGGGAGAUCUCCGCCGACUGUCCGUCUCUGCGGGCUCAGAUGCACCACACGCGGUCCAAAGGUUGCUCCAUGGCCCGGGCCGCGCACCAGGACCUCACCGUCAUCUCUGUGUCAGGUCUGGAGGACGGAGAGAUCCACCCCGAGAUCUGUAGGCUCUUCAUCCAGCUGCAGUGCUGUCUGGAGAUGUUCAUAACAGAGAUGCUCAAAUCCAUGUGUCUGCUGGGGGUGCUGCAGCUGCACAGAAAAAGUACCAUCUCCAAAAUAUCACAACAUUAUGACGCCACAAAAAUUACCAGAGGGAUGACGAUCCAUGGAACAGACUCGGAGCCGAGGUUGGACCUCCGGCUGGAUGAGAGCUCGGACGUUCCCAUCCUGGAAGACCGAUCCUCCUCCCCCAUCGACUUUCCCCAUGAGCAGUGGCUGGUGGGAAUGGAUAUUCAAAACAUAGAGAGAGACAUGCGAGAGAUGAGAAACCUACUCAGCAAACUCAGGGACACGAUGCCAUUGCCCCUGAAAAACCAAGGUGUGUCAUGUUUGUGGGAGAUGAAGAUUCAUAACAUCAUUAGUGUUGCAGUUGCGAAUGACUUUUGUAGCACUAUAUUCCAUAAUUAUUUCUGAAGUUUCCAUACAUAAUCCCAGGUUAUUUACAACAGAUGCAUCAAUGGACUGAGACUAAAUUUUUUAAAAACUGGUUACGACUGGUUUGGAUUUGACUGGCCAUUGAAGUAGAUACAGCCCUCAUUCAUCGUUUAAUAAGGCGUUAAUAUUCACUGAUGAAAGGAGCCCUCCAUGAGGAAAUUAACUGACACCUAAAAGCUGAUGCAGUCGCUCCCAACAUGGAUGAUUUUAAAGGGGUUUGUCGUAUGUUUCUCAGGGUAAGAAAUUGUAAAUUCCUACACAAAAUCAGGUGUUAAUGACUUUGUUUUAUUGUGACAAACUAUCAUUUUACAUCUUCAGGCCUCUGAGAAUCAUUAAAAUCUUCUUACUCACUUUCUUGAUGAGACUGCUGGUAAAUCUCACACAAUUUAAAGAGAGGUACACACACACACACACACACACACACACACAAAAACCUUUUCAACAUGUUCUUCCCAAUCGGGAAACUCAGUAUCAAGGCCAAAAUAAUAGUACAUUUUGCAAAUCCCAAAUUAAGAUAGAAAAAAAUUAAGCAAAAAUACUCAUCAUUAUUAUGAUACAUACAUAACUGCUCACCACUCUUAGACGUGUUUAACAGGUCCAAUAUUAAAGCUGUUGUGUGGAACUUUUGUCUUGCCCCUUCUGGCAGUGAGAGUUGUUACACAAACGCUGUUGAUGCAUGUUUAAGACAUUAGUGCGUAUGUGAGCGUGAUGCAUCUCCCUUCUUUAUUCAAUAUUGUUUCACUCUUUCGGCCUUGACUGUAACGGACGUUCAUCUAUAUGUAAAAGCGCUCCAACUUGAAGGGGUUCACAAGUAAAUAGAGUGGGAACGAGUGACAGCGGACCUUGUGUCAAUGCAGUCGGCCGUCAUCAUGUCAACCCGCUCAGUGCUUCCAUCACAAACGUGUUUCUUUGUUCCAGACGACAGCAGCUUGUUGAAUCUGACUCCACUCCCGCUGGUCAGACAGAGGAAGAGACGCUUCCCCGGACUCUGCUGCAUGGUGUCUGGCUGAGAGGCUGAAGGCUGCACUACAGGCCGCACAUACAUACGGGAUUCAUUCAUCUUAUUUCAUUGCAAUGAAAUAAGAUGAUAUCUGAAAUUGUAAUCUUGUAGUAACUGUUAUCUAAUUCUAUGCCAUUUGUCUUUUUCAUCUUGAUGUUAGCUUUUUUUUUCACUUGAGUUCUGCGAACCACCUCGUUCCGGUUCCGUCCAUUUAGUGGCGUAACAUUUCAGGCUUGAAUCGAGUUUGGUUAUUUUCAAAUGUAUUUCAUUAAUAUGUAUUCAGAGUAGAUGGUUCAUAUAUAAUACCAAGUGGAGAGGGGAAAAUAGUGAAGCCAAAGUGUUGCAUUAGCCUGGCGAGCUAACUGUCGGUAAUGAAUCAAAUGCAUCAAAAGAUAUAGUACUGUGCAGAACUCUACUUUGUUUUCUGGAGUCAUCUUUUUAUUUUAUUUCCUUUUCUUUCUCACGUAUGCAGCCAUUCCAACUAAUCUUUUUUCUGUUUUUGUGCCAU